AUGGUUGACCUUGAGGACGUGGGGCUCCUGGAGCUCAAAGGUGACUUCCCGGCCCGGGCCGCAUCACUUCCCGGAAGACCCGCCCAGGCCUGGGCAUUCCCCCCACCUCCCCGUGGCUGUCUCCCCAGCGCCCCACCCCGGGGCAGGGACGGGCUGGGCCUGGGUCCGCAGGGACCCGCCGCCUUCCCCUCCGCUGGGGGGAAAACUCGAGCCUCGGCGGAGCCGGGGAGGCCAGCGGCCGCCGGACCUUCCCCACGGCAGGGUCGCAGGACACCAGGGGGCAGCAGAGCCCAGCCCUGCGCUCCGUCCCCCGGAGGCGCCUGCCCGCCUCCCCGCAGCCGCCUCGGAGACGGAGAGCGCGUGCUUCUCCCGCCUCACGCCUUCCGAGACGGUGCGGUGGGCCUGUCGGCUCAGCGCGCGACCCAGGCUGGGCCCGGGACCAGGCAGCCUCUCCGCCGCGAAGCCGCUGAGGGAGGCGGUGCUUGUCCCGGGAACAAACGCGGGGCAACGUCCGGGGCACCGGUGGGAAGCGCGCGGGGCGCCCUCGGCACAGCGCCAGCCCCGGUUGCGGAGAGGCCCCCGGCCCACCCGGAUCCCCGGUGCCGCCGCCGCAGGCUCCUCCGUGAAAUGGGGACACUGAGGCCCCUGCCCCCAAGCUGCUGCGACUUCGGGGCCCACGACCUGGGGGGCUGGCACCCUGCCUGCCCCACGGGGACUCAGAGUCAACGGGAGACACCCGAGGCAGCCCAGGGAGGAGAGGAGCCACCGCGGGCUCGGCGCACCGGAGGGUCUUCCCGGCUGGCCGGGGCCGCGGGCGCUGGCUGGACCUUGACCGCAGAAGGCCGUGCAAAUGGGGUACGUGGAGAAGGGCUGAGCCCAGGAAAGCCACAUAGCAACCUCAGACUCGGAAACCUCGGACACAGUACCCUUGGACACACGGCACUCUCAGACACGGCGCAGCACCCACCACCACCAGCGUUCAUUCUGGAGCUGUUGGGAGACUUCGCUCACGGUCUGUCUCCAGGCCUGGCCCAUGGGGAAGGCACAGGCUCCAGGGCCAGUGCAGGCCUCUCCACGUUGCAGGGAAGCCUCAUGCCUGACCUCCAACCCCCGAUUAUCAGGGUCACCCCGUAGGCCGGGCGGCGCGGGAGGGAGCUGGGCGCUACCCUAAGGCGCCUCUCCCGUGGGGCCGCGCAUUCCCUGGGCUCCCAUGGAGCAAACAGUCGACCUCCUUUAAAAAAUCUCUGUGGGGCGUCUGGGUGCCUCAGUGGGUUAAAUAAGGCCUCUGCCUUUGGCUCAGG